UUUUUUUUUUUUUAACUCUAAAUUAAUUUAGGGGAAGGGAGGGGGAAGGAAGCUAAUUAUUAAGAUAGAUUCAUAGUCGAAUGAAGAGAAGAUUUGAUCAUACACAAGAUAUAAACGAAAGAAUCAAGACACAUAAUAAAUCAUUAUCGUCAACAACAACAACACUUAUCAAACAAAACAAGCUGAAUGUAUCGAAUGAUAUCAAAGAUGAUAGUAAUAAUGGAAUUAAUUUAUUAUGUUGGGCAUGCCAAUGUCAAUCGUUAGAGGCUCUUAAAAGGAUUUUGCAAAGGGGAGUUGGCAUGGAUAUGAUCAAUCAGGGACAGGGACCCUACCGAUUAACCCCACUUCAUAUCGCUGCUUCAGUAGGGUUUUCAGCAGGUAUUGAUGCUCUGAUAAAGCAUCCUGAUUUAGAUUUAAAUCAAACAGAUAUACGUGGAUGGACUGCUUUACAUUAUACAGCGUAUGAUCAUCUUGAGACUUCCACUUGUCUUCUCCUGGAAGCAGGAGCACGUGUUGAUUUGUAUGAUACAUCCGGUAGACUUGCCCUUCAUUAUGCUAUUAGAAACAAGAGUUUAAAGAUCAUUCGUAGUCUACUGGUUAAACGCGAAAGAAAUAAUCCAACAUCCAUCAAUCUAAUAUGGUCUUCCUCUGGUCAGCAUGAUGGAUCAUCUACUACAUUCCCUUUAGAAGAAGCUAUCAUCAUGGCUAGUCAUGAUGGUAGCCAAAGGAUAGUACAAGCAUUAGUAAAUGCCGGUGCCUUUACACAAGAGCGAAAUGGAUGGUGGGAGGAUAAAUAUGAAUCAAAGAGGAGCUCAUUAUUAAGUCUCUGUGUAUACUGGAAUAGAUUCGAUUGUUUAAAAUAUUUAAUAAAGACGAUGAAGAGUAAAGAUGAUGAUAUUCAAAGAGCCUUCGAGUUGGCAGUACAACAACGGAAGAUAGAAAUGGUCAUUUAUUUAGGUAACGAGGUAAAAUGGAAUCCCUCAAGUGAUCUAAAUGGAAUGAAUCCCUCGUUUUUGUAUGCUGCUAAUCAUGGAUUUAUGGAAAUGAUACCCUUCUUACUGACACCUACUACUUCAUUGGAUUGUAUUCAACAAGCUAUUUUAUUUUCUAGCAUCAUUGAGAAAGAUGAGAGUUUAAAAGAUAUUUUGCAACAUUAUCAUCAUUGGAAGAAGCCCAUUCAUCAUGAUGCAAGCAUAGCGAAUGAGGCUAUUAUUAACAUACUUUUUAAUAAAUGAUACUACAGUUUUAUUUCUACUGUUCAUUUAGAUCUUGUAUUUAAAUCUUUAAGUAGCAAAUAACACACCUUAACAUAUAUAUAUAGUUUAAAAGAAGAAAGGAAAUCCUCCUCCAUCAUUAAUGCUACUUUGUAACAAACUCUUAAAACAUUUACUACUACUACUACUUUUUGAAUCAGAAAUUCAGCCUAUAGGAAGAUUAUAUCUCCUUUUUUUUUUAAACUGAUCAGCACAGAUAGCCGAAUUUGAAAAUAUAAU